CUUCUCUUUGUUUAUUACAACACGCGUAUAGAGAGAAAAAAAAGAGAGAGAUGAGCUGUGUUGGUAUUCUUAGAGGAGCAACCAAAGAUAUAGAAGACUUGAUGAUACCUAUCAUACUUUGGGAUACGUUGACAGUGGGUCGAAAUGAGAACUGUCAUUUCGUUAUUGAUUUCCCUUUUAUUGAUCAACUUCAGUGUGAAUUUACAGCACGAACUCAAGAGUUUGACAACAUUGUUUACUUGACGGAUAGAAGCAGAAAUGGAACAUUUUUGAAUCAGACACUCAUAGGUUGUAAUCGAACAGUUGUAUUGUUUCCUGGUUGCAUCAUUUCUUUUGUAUCAAAGCAUCUAAACUUUAUCUUUAUUCAAAAACAAAAAUGUCCCAAACCAAUUGAGAUGCCUAGCUCGUUUCAUUUGAAAGAUAGAAAGGCUACUGUUGCUGAUAUCUCUUUGGGUACAGGUAGUCAAGCCAUGAUCUAUUUGGCUUAUAUGGCUGAUCGACCUGCUGAACAAUUGGUGUAUCGAGCUAAAUUCUCAAGUCGAACAGUUUUCAUUUCAAAGAACGAGAUAGAGAUAUUAAAAGCCAAUAGACAUGCAAAUGUUAUUUCAUUGAUUACAAUGCAUGAUAACAACAUGAUUAUGCCUGCAUUCCCAGGAGGAUCGUUAAGUCAAUACAUUGGAAACGAUGAGCCAUUUACCGAAGAAGAGAGCUUUUUUAUAUUCUAUCAAUUAGCUUCGGGUCUUCAGUAUCUUCAUAAAAAAGGCAUUGUUCAUAGAGACAUCAAACCCGAUAAUAUACUGGUUUCAGGCACUUCAUUAAGGUCGCGUAUCGUCAUUGCUGAUUUUGGAUUAGCUAUAUAUGAAGGCGAUGCAGACAAGGUUCGUGAAAAGCAUGGGACAUAUGGUUAUUUUGCACCAGAAGUAGUAAAAUAUAAUCGAUUCAGUGCCAAAUCGGAUUGUUGGGCAGCUGGUAUCAUUUUGUUUAUCAUGCUAUUUGGUAGACAUCCAUUCGAAGAAUACUUGAAUGAUAUGACUCUGCUAACAGAUGCCAUCUUGAACGGAAAGAUUGAUUAUGAAGGACUUGAAAAAAAUGACGACCUUGAACUACUCUUGUCGAGUUUAUUGCAUGUAGAUGUCCGUAAACGUGCUUCCCUUGCCCAAUGUCUACAGUCAAACUGGAUAUUAAAAAGAGCCAAUAGUGAUUUUUUCCAAGAAUACAAAGAGAUGGUGCUUGAUCAUUUCGAAGAUGAGAGAAGAGUCUGGUUUGGUGAAGAUCUAAAGGACGAUCAAGCGUACUACCUCAACAAUUUACCUGUAGAUGAAUUAAAGCCAACCUAUCACGUGGAUGAUGAUCCUACUGCUGUUGAAGAAAUAAAGAGUAGGAGAGUAGAGCUCAAGUCUGGUUUAAAGAUAAAUACAGAAAUGAUAGAGAACUCACCAUGGAGUAUUGAAGAUUGGAUAAAUGCUAUCAACACCGAAAGAUUCCCUUACAAGACAUUAUAUCUAAACAAAUAAACUUAUUGUAAUAGACUCAUUGACUAAAUCAUUAUUUCAAUAACAAAAGAAAUAGUCAGUCUUUUGACAGAC